AUGCACUAUGCCGGUAGAGACGAAUCGGUUUAUAAUUCAUUAAACAUCAAAAUUUGGUACUACAAACUUAGCCAAUCAUAUAACUGGCUUCGUCAGGGUCUCUACUAUGCUGGAGAUGCAGUUUGGGGAGUAACAUUAGCAUACAGUAGUGUCGAGUUGUCCAGAAAACGGUACUUGGUGCAGGCUUACGGGGUAAAAUGUACUUUGGAUCGACAAAAACGGUGUUAUUAUUAA